AUGAGAUAUUGGAUGCUUCUGUUGCUGUGCUUUUUUGUGCCUGCUGUUCUCACGAUGGCGACCGAGCGUUUGCUGGUUGAUUUAGUCAACUGGUACCAUCUCAGGGUGGUAUAUGUUUUCCACUGUUAUAACGAACAACACUCCGCAGAAUACAUCCACCUGCUACACAGCGCACGAAAAAACCGCUCCGAAAGUAUGUCCUUCGUGAAUGUGGCAAGUUUUAGUGAGCAGAAAUUCGUUACCUCGCUCGAACCGGUUCAUGUCCGGGUGGGCUUCAUGGCCGACAUGAGCUGUCAGGAUACGGACCGCGUACUAGCGAUGCUUGCCGAACGAGGUUAUUUGAAUGGUGUACGUUUUCGUUGGUUUCUGUACGGGUUGCGUGCCAUCGAGGAGAUUGGGGCGUUUUUCCGGAAGCUCCAUAUUACCGUUCCUUCGGGUGUACUUUUGCUUCAACCGGUUGGCGUGGACAGCAGUGCGGUUCUGGACGUACGUUCGGCACAGUGGAUGGGGAUGUCGGGCGACGUAAGCUUUCCGCAGAUUGGUAGCUGGAGUGUGGCCAACGGUUUAACGAUGUGGGAUAAUAGAAGCGCGUACGAGAGACAGUUGAAUCUAUUCGGAAUGCAGCUGUCGGGUAUCAGUAAGACUAGAAUCAUGCAUGGUAACAGAACGUUAAAUGAUGAAAGUCUGAGUACACGAGCCUACGGACAGCGUCUGUGGAACUUAUUGUCUAUGGUACAUAACACCAGCAUCACCGAGAGACUCUCAACGUACUACGAUGACCAUCUGGCAGACUUUAUCAUUGAACCUGUAGCAAUCAAGCAAGAGGAUCUACACAAGCUUGACUACACUGCCGCAGUUCAAAAUAUCCAGAUUAUUCUUCUCUUUUUACACCCGGACGUUGACCGCACGAGGAAUUCAUUUUUGCGCCCCUUCAGCACCGUCGUAUGGGUAGCAAUUGGUGCAUUUUUCGUUGGCUUUACGUCGCUAAUGUACAAAACGUUAACGUUCGAGCAACAGGAACAGGAGCGCGCAAAAGCACAACGGGAUAGAGAAAAUGGAAUUAUGGUGAUCGUAUUGGGAAUACUCUGCCAGCAAGGUUUCAUUGAAAGCUGCAGAACGUACGCGAGCAGACUGACGCUGCUCAGCAUGUUGAUCUUCAGCAUGCUUAUUUAUCAAUUCUACAUUACGCACAUUGUCAGCUUUUUGCUGGUGGUGCCACCGAAAAACAUCCAAACCCUUGAACAGUUGGUAGAGAACGAGUUCGAUGUAGCGAUGGAAAAUGCCCCAGAAAUCGUCGAGUUUGUCAAUGCCACGGAAGACGAACAUUUGUUGACGUUGGUUCAAAUGAAGCUGGCUAAAACGGGCACUGUGUACUACGAUCUUAAGGAAGGAAUUUCGUCGAUGCUCGAUGGUGGAAGAAAUGCAUUCGUAUGCGAAGCUAACCGUGCUUAUCAGCUGAUACGGCACCAUGUUACCGACGAGCAACGGUGUGCCCUGCAGGAAAUUCCGUUGAUGAGUAAAAAAUCCACCCAUCUGGCCCUGAGGAAAGAUCACCCCUUGAGGGAACAGUUUCGUGUCACGGUGCAAAAGAUCUUCGCAACCAGUAUGGUACAGUAUGAACGGAAGCGUUGUUACGCAGACAAACCAAGGUGUGACGAAAAUGAGGUUAAAAUGCCGGAGGUUAACCUAGAUCAGGUGUCCUCGGUGCUGGUACUGCUGCUCGGCACAAUCGUCGGAAGUAUCGGUGUGUUGCUGUUAGAAAUCACUGUCAGUAAGGUUUUGCAGGGGCGACACUGA